UUCUAUAAGCCCUGUCAGUGUUCAUCGUGACCAUAGACGCAGUGCGAGGCGGCGCUACAUAGGGAUGGGGACUGCGGCGCAGCUUGCUAGCUCAAUCUCAGCUCCGUAAUAAUCACCACUUCAAUCCUGCCUCGCCUCGUACAUGGCAGAUAUGUCAGUCAUUCUGGUUACUGGAGGUACGGGCCUAGUGGGCAAGGCGCUACAACACGUUCUCGCCACAGAGCCCGAGGGCUCGCGAUUUGGUAAACGAACAGGGGAGCAUUGGGUGUUCGUGAGUUCGAAGGACGCGGACCUAAGAGACCCAGUACAGACGAAGGCAUUGUUCGAGAAGCAUAAGCCGACCCACGUCAUUCAUCUGGCCGCAAUCGUCGGAGGGGUGUACAUCAACAUGAAGCGUAACCUCACGUUCCUGCGCGACAACAUCCUCAUAAACGAUAACAUUCUGCAUACUUCUCCCCAAACAUCCACGUUCCUUGACUGUGUCAAGUCACGUGUGACUUGACGCUUGCAAGGGAGCGCCCGCGUCUUGGUAUUCGGGGUCUUGAUGUUCUGCGGUCGAACCUCUGAGAUGGGUUCAUCCGAUUCGAUUCGUCCU